GGGGGGGGGGAUGAUGGCAACUCCAGCCAGACUUCUGUCCGCCUUUUCGUUGUGCCUUGCUGUGUGUGGCAAGCCUGUGGCAGCGUUUCUGCCUGGAAGCUGUCGGGUUUCCGGUGAGGUUCCGACCAGCGGCAACAGCAACUGCAGGGUGGGCACCCGACGCCAGCAGGCUUUCGCUCCACGCCAGUGGCCGCCUUUGAGAAGGCGAAGGGAGCCAAGAUGGUGCCUGUCGGCAGCUGAGGAUGAUGAGGAGGAUGAAGAACUGGAAGACGUGACCGGGAAAGGGGUGUAUGUCGCAACCGAGACACUAUUGGACGAUCCCAGCCACAUGGAGCGAAUACUGGCGGCCAUGGCGGAGCUCGCGCCGCCGGUUGCGCCGUUGGAAGGUGUGUUCAAAACGGCCGUCAGCCACCACUGCGCCCUUCGCACGUCGAACAUCGUGAGGGCGAUGAAGUUCUACUCCCUGCUAGGCAUGAAUGAGGCGGCACGGUUCAGGGCGGGGAACGCGAGAUGCGCAUUUUUGGAGGGUGCGGGCAUGCGGCUAGAGCUGAUCGAGGUGCCCGCGGUGUUGGAGCCCGAUGACAAGGCCUUGGACCUCGCGGCCGACAUGAGGACGACGGGCCUCAACCACAUGGCCUUCGACGUUGGGCCGGCUAUCGAGGCGGAGGGUCUCGACGGCAUGAAGGGGUUCUUGUCGGAGUUGAAUCGGCAGAGCGAGGACGCUUUCGGCAUGAGUGUGCGACUGGUCGUCAGUCCGUACGAGCAGCGGAUUGGCCAGGAUAUUUUCGAUCUAGCGUUCGUGAUGGACGCCGACGGGGUGCUUUUGGAGCUGGUGCAUAAGAAGGACACCCUCGACAUCGACAUGCCUCAGGCUUGGUGA